GAACAGCCCAUUGUAAAAUAUAGUCUAUUGCCGCCGAUUUUACUUCCAUUUCUCCGCCGUUCGUCUCGUCGCCGGAAUGUAUCUUUCUUCCGGUUGCUGAAUCAAGCGUCACCUUUAGACUCAAAACUCUCCUGAAACUCAAGAGCUGAAAUGAAGAGAAAAUGUCGGAUUUGGUUGCCUAAGCAGCUCGCAUCAACUGAUGGUUUGAGUCACAGUCUAUUGUUUGGGUGGUUCGUAUCCCAUUCCUCUUUUUGUCUUGACGUUGUUGUGGCCUUCAUCUCUGAUGAGAGCUCUUUGUCCAAUGGAGGAUCUAAGUUCCAAGACGUACUCCAUACAACAAAUGAGAAGAUGCCUUCACCUUUACGGGAUAAGGCAGCAUUUACGCUCCUUGGUCGUUAUGAUAAAUGCCUUAAUGCUAAUGGAAACUCAUCUCAGAUUGUAACAGACAAAGAUGUGUGCAGUAAGGCCGGAGCUUAUGGUGGUCCUUGCAGUUAUAGCAGUCUAAGCUGUGGUUGUAAUAAGGUUGAUGGCUUAUCAGAGGAUUUCUGGAAAGAUUCUGUGAGCAGUCACUGGAUUCACAUGGUGUGUGAUUCUUCGGAGCAUAGAAUAAUGGAAUUUCACUCAAAUUCUAGACUGCAUCAUGUACAUUGGAAUGGGGAGAUUGUGUCUCAAUGUGAUGUCCACGUUAUAGUCUAUGACAUUCCAGUGUUUGGUUCUCACCAUUUCUCGUUAAGCUUUUGGAACUCUCCUCUUCAGACAAAAGCUCCUGUUAAGAAACCCAAAUGGGUUGAUGAUCUUCACAAUAGGCAACCUCUGAAUGAAAUGCAGGAAACUGUGAUUCUUUCCAUAAAUUGCGCUUCAGCUGCCAAGAUUGCCUAUAAAAAGAUAUCCACGCCGCUAGAGACUCCUUCACGGAACUUUUCCAUUAGUUACCUGAUAUCUUCUUUGACAUGGCGAUCACUCGCCAUAAUUAUAGGCUCUUUAUCAACUAUUUUUUAUAGCCUUAUCCAGUUAUUCUGUUUACUUUCAAGUUUUCCGAUUUUCUCAUUGGUACAUAUCGCAUCAAAGAGGGUACUCAAAAAUACAUGGAUCAACUUCAGAAUACGCAGUUCUCAGAUCUUAUAUUGGCCAAACUUCCUGGAGGAGAAUGAUCUGAUGUCCAUAUCAUGUGUGGAACAUGCAGAGAAAGCUGCACUGCGAAGGCAUUCUACAUGGUCGGCCAUGGCUGUUGAUCUAAUUUUGGGGAACUGGAUUGGUCUAUGUCUAUUGUUUAACACCGAAUCUGUCUGCUCAUGGAUAUUCAACUUUGCAAAGGAGUUCACGAAUGGUAUUUUGCGGUCUGGUUGUGUUUGGUUGAUGGGAGUUCCAGCAGGUUUUAAGUUAAACACAGAAUUGGCUGGAGUUUUAGGCAUGGUAUCUCUUAAUGUAAUCCAGAUAUGGUCUACUCUCUGGGUAUUCAUGGCUUCUUUCAUUUUUUAUUUGAUAAGAGCAGUUGCCAUCCUAGGAAUUACUUUUGGUGCAACAGUAUCUGCCGCAUUUGUUAUAGAUGUCAUUACUUUUGCAACACUUCAUAUAAUGGCUCUUCAUUGGACAAUCACACUUGUGUACUCUCACCAAAUUCAAGCUUUAGCAGCACUGUGGAGGCUUUUCAGAGGGCGAAAAUUAAAUCCUCUACGUCAAAGGUUAGACAGCUAUGGUUACACUGUGAAGCAGCAUGUAGUGGGAUCCCUUCUGUUCACUCCUCUUCUGCUUCUGUUGCCUACAACUUCAGUUUUCUACAUAUUUUUCACCAUAACGAGCACUACAAUCAACUCCAUAUGUAUGUUGAUUGAAUUCUCCAUCUCUGUUAUCCAUGCAACACCAUAUGCAGAAAUCAUGAUUUGGCUGGUUAGGCGUAAAAGAUUUCCUUCUGGUGUUUGGUUUGAAAUGGAACACUGCGGAGAGCAUAUCCUUGAAUCUUCCUCAAAUCUAAUGAGAGAACAUAAUAUUCCUUUGAAGACACCAUCUCUAAUGGUUUCCAAUCUUCGCAGCAAUUUUUUAAGCUUAGGACAAAUUCUUUUGCCUCACUAUACAACAAUAUUUUCAGGAAUAUCAGCUUCUUCUCUGACUACAUCAGCUCGCGGAGUCCUCAGUGGGAAAAGAAUGCCAUCAAAACUGGGGCUUGAUCUGCCUCCUCCAAGGCCAUGGAUGCACAUGCCAUUGAGAGAGUACUGGAUGCUGUGCCAUAACUCCAUCGUCUCAUCUGUGGCAAAUGGGGAAUUCUCCAAUUGAUCAUCUAGCGUUUUAACUCCACCAUAGACAUUAGACACUCUCUGAUCACUAGGUGACUCGUUCGUUUAACAUUGGAAAACAUGUUAUUUGUCCCUUUAUCCUUGAUUUGUUCAUCAGCUCUAUUAUCUCGGGUUUAGCUAUGUAAAUUCUUUUGUUGGAUCUAUGAAAAAAAAUUAAUGAUUUUUUAUAUCAAAUUA